UAAACUAGUGGACAUUUAUAACAACUCUCAUAACUUAGACAAUGUAUGGGUCAAACUCUUUAAAAAUGAAAGAAGGACAACAUAUUACAUGCUUAAUACAUUUUGAGAUAACCGUCUAUUUUUCUAGGUUACAGGAAAAAUACAGUCAUCCAACAAUUGUGAUCCUUGUCAGAUAUCGAACAGGACAGCACAUGCUGAAUACAUUUGCAUUGAAUGUGAGGAGAGACUCUGUAUGAAAUGUGUGGAGAGGCAUGCACGAAGAAAGGCUACAGCACGUCAUAAACCGACCUUAAUAUCACGUCCGAAUUUCAUAGACACGAGAAAGGUAGGGAGGCCCAGAUUAUCAAACGUCUUCUCAGAUGAGGUAACACUUACAUGGGAACCUCCAAUAUUAGAAUUAGGAAAUGACGGUUAUUAUCAAAUCAGCUUUAAGGAGAUUGAUCAUGAUAAGAGAUGGCGAUAUUUUCCUGGUGAAUUCAAGAAAUCAAGUGUUGUAUUAAACGGAUUAAAAUCGAACACGUCUUACGUGUUUCGUGUCAGAGCUGUCUAUGAAGAAGGAGAGGGAACAUAUAGUUCAGACAGUGCUACAGUGACUACCUGUCAGUCUCGGGCAUUUCGUAUAGCGAAUAUUAUCGGCAAUUCUGCAAAUGUUGACCAAUCACCACAUAUACUGCCGGUACCAAUCACGAAAAUAACAAGACAAGAUAUAAAGAAUAUACGAGAAUUUCAUAUUGGCGAAUGGAAUGCAAGACACAUUGGUGAAAAUAAAACCAUAAUGCUUCUUGGGGCCACGGGAAGUGGCAAAAGUACCUUAGUUGACGGUUUCAUUAAUUAUGUUUUCGGAGUAAAUUGGAAUGAUCCAUUUAGAUUUACUGUCAAGGAUGCAUCAAAAGUUAAUGGAAAUAUGAACAAGGCCAUUAGUCAGGAAGAUUGGAUAACCAUCUACACGUUACAUCCCGAGACAGGAAGUCGCCUUCACUACCAGCUGGAAAUUAUAGACACGCCAGGUUUUGGUGAUACACGUGGUGUUGGGAAAGACCAAGAUAUGAUAGAACAAAUUCAAAUGUUAUUUUCUGAAAACAUAACAAAUUGUUUAACAAAUAUAGAUGCUAUAUGUUUUGUUCUUAAAGCACCUGACGCCAGGUUAACUUUACAUCAAAAGUAUAUAUUUCAGUCAGUUUUGUCAAUCUUUGGAAAUGACGUUAAGAACAAUAUAUGUUCUUUGAUUACUUUCGCAGAUGGCAAAGAUCCACCGGUUAUUGCUGGAAUGAAAGAAUCAAGGCUCCCAUUUGGCUGUACUUUUUCAUUCAAUAACUGCUCACUUUAUGUUAAAAAUAAGGGGAUUUAUGCUUCCAGUCUGGCAUCGAUGUUCUGGGAAAUAAGUGUAAAGGGGUUUCGUUCUUUCUUUGCCCACCUGGAUUCUUCUUCUUCAUGCAACCUCGACAGAACUAGAGAAGUUUUACAUGUCAGAUUGAAGGCCGAUGCAAUUGCAAAACAGUUGCAACCAAAAAUCGAUGAUGGGCGUAGCAAAACAGGACAACUGCUGGAAGAACAAAAAGAGAUAACUAAAAUCAAAACAGUAGCUCAAAGUUACAAAAGUCUUGAAAUGUAUGAAAAUGAAGUGCAACAAAGAAAGAGGGACUUGCCCAGGGGACAGAAUGUAACGAAUUGCUUAAAUUGUAAUGUAUCUUGUCAUGUAAACUGUAACUGUUCACCAGAGGAUAAAUCUAAAUGUAGGGUUAUGAACUACAAUGGUUACUGCACAAUUUGUCCAAACAAGUGUCAUUGGCAACAACAUGCAAAUACUCCGUAUAUAUUUGAACUUGUGCAAGUCAAGGUGAAAAAAAUCCUUCACGAAAAACAACAAAAAUACCUCGAACAAUUGCAAAUAUUAAUUGCAAAAGAAAAAAUUGUUGAAAAACUUACAGAAGACAUAAGGAAGAUAUUUAAUGAAGCAAAUGCCCUGAAAGGUGAACUACAGAAAUGUACAAAAACAUUGAGUGAAAUAGGUUUGCAAGAAAAUCCUUUCAUUGUUAUUAAAGAUCAUAUAGAUGUGCUUUUACAAAAUGAGAAACUUGAAAGAAAAGAGGGAUUUUUAAAAAGAAUGUCCAUUCUGAAAGAAAUACAGAAACGUGCUGAAUUGCUAAAAUAUUUUAAUCGAUUUCGAGAAGACGUAAACAAACUCUUUUAAUUACUAAGCUAAAUGUAUUCAAGUCAAACGUUAUGUUUGUUAAAGUGUUAUACUUGUGAAAUUAGAUUAAUAGAGUUAAUAUCUACAGUUAUUUGUAGAAUAAAAAGGAUUAGUUGUAAUGAUUUUAUGCAUGAUUUAGUUUUUCUUAGAUAUCAUUAAAAAGUAAAAUUGUUUAACUCUUGAAGUCCAUAUUAAAAUGAUUUACAUUUGCGUAGACUACCAAUUGUGUAGAUGGAGAACCUAUUACAGUUAUAUGAAAUUUGUAAAUGACAUAAAAAAACUUAGAAACACGUUCGUAUUUGAUGUUUAAACAUGGAUCGUAGCUCAUAUGUGCAUAUAUUUUAUCUGAGGUAACUACUUACUAUAUGAUGUAAACAUGUGAUUUUAUUUAGCUCUGGCAACCAUACAAAAUAAAACAUAUAGUUUAACACAGUUUAGUUUUAUU